AUGACACUGACAGACUACUCGAAAUCCAAGGCGAAAGUGUCGGAUGCUGCAAAUCUUUCUUGCUCUCAUAUGGAAGAUGAAUUGGCCGCUUUGCCCCUGGCGGAUUUGAUGGAAGACUCGGAAGCGGAACGUCGCCGAUCGAGUAGCAAGACCCAAGACAUGAGACGUCGUCGUUCGAGUGCCGAAGUAAUGCUCCGAAAUGGUCAACAACACGGCGAAGAAUACGACGAUUUUUUGGAGUUUGAAUUGGAAAUUCCGUCGGUUCAUGAUCCACAUGCUGCUGCACAACAACAACAACAGGCGUCAUCAUCGCAUUUGGAAGAUUCCAUGUUGAGUUUGGGCGAUCCCUUUGAUGGAUUUGAAGAAGAGGAAGAAGAAGACUAUGACGAACAAGAAGGAGAUGAGGACUACGAACAAGACGAAGACCAUCAACAUCAUCAUCCCCAGCGUGAUAGUAGUGCGUUGAAUGCCUCGGCCACGUCCUUUAAAUCUUCCACGAGCAAACGCCGCAUUCAUCGUCGUCGUCUUCGACCCAAACCAGGCGAAGACAUGCACAAUUCCAUGAACUCUACAGGAUCUUCCGAACGAUCCCUCCUCAUUCGAAAUCGAGGUGGCAGUGCCAGAGACAUGUCCCAAUCCGUACCCGAUAUUGGCGUCAAUCAUUCUCGUCAAGGCAACAAAGGAGUGCGCAGUAGCAACACGUCCACCGGAAGUGGACCGUCUCUGUCCGGGUUUCUCGAAAAGCGACGACAGACGUCACUCCUCCCCGGAUCCACCACGGAAGAUUUGUGCAGUGAAAUGAAUCAAGUCGCCGCCGCAAAGGGACUGGGAGCGAGUAGCAGUCGUAUCUCACGCGGAGCUCCUCCUCCCGGUCUCAUGCGUCGCAACACGGUCGACAAUCCACAACCCACUACAACGAGAAAAUUGAGAGAUUAUUCCCAAACAAGUUGUUCCAGUGGCCGUCGUGUGCCCGCCAAUACACCCCGCAUGAGAGAUUCCUCGGCACCUUCCAAUCGUCGUCGCUCCCGAUCUCCCAUGGUACCCACGUCCAUUACCAAUCCUCCCAGUCUCGUAACAUCAUCCUCAUCCUCACAACAGCGUACGCCCCGACGAUCCCGCAGUCACGAAACCGACGACGACUCGGGCGCCAUUCGUUCCGGACGUCGGGUCCCACCCAAAUCCAAAUCGCACGACGGUACACUCCCCACAAUGCGCAAACCCCGUCGGACGCAAUCGGGCGACAACAAUCACAUGCACAAUUCGUUUGUCACGGGCAGUCGCAUUCGACGCAUUCAACCUGGAACGGCGGGAUCGUUGACGCGCGAGAAUUCCGUUCCCCGCAAUGGAUUGAUAUCGUCGUCGCGCAGUAUCUCCCCCGUACGAAAACCCCAUCGGUCCAAGUCGGAUGGACAAACGUCGUAAAGAUGCCGAGAUUUGUAUUUAGUUGGAUGAUGGAUUCCAUUUGAUUAAAAAAUCUACAUGUUGAAUAUUUUUGCAAGAGAGCGAGAGAGACUCGAGUGACUGGAUUCUUCGUUCGUUUGGUGGAUUCAUGUAUUUGCCAAAGAGGUCCGUUGCUUUGAUGCAACGGACGAUGUGGCAACGUUCAUGUGAAAUGAAACAAACAGAAGAGUAAUACAUAAAAUGUGACCCAAACGAGACCCUGUUAGCUAGAGCCAAGUAUACCUUCAAGUAAGACUAUAGGCAGACUUUGCAGGAGACAACCCCACAGUUUUUCUUGUGGUGACCCUUCUUCCGGAAAUCACAGGCACGAAGAAUUUUUUCCUGUUGGCACGCUCGUAGUUGCUCGUUCAGAGAGAAUGGGAAGGACACUAGCCAAAUCAUAUGUCUCCACCUACUACUACCUAGACUGUCUUUGAUGAUGAUUGACCUUUCAAUCGAUGCCCAGUUGGUGGGUGCAGAGCCCCGUUAGGACCAUAGGCGAAGCCACUCUUCGUAAUGCCUUUUAAUACCAGUAUCAAAAAGAUGUAUUAUGCCCAACAAAACUUGCAAAAUGCCUUGGGCUGUUCUGCGGCAUUUCAUGGGUUCAAUUUAUAUCGGAACAUUAGUUGGCAACAUUCACCGAUCAUUGACCGGGGAAGCAAGCAGAAAACUCUUGAAGAACGACUGCGAAUACAGUAAUAACCAGUUCUGUUUCCGAUUGCUAUCUCUUCCAUUCAAAUUCCAACAGCUAGCUACAGCCGAAACUCUGCUUCAUUUUGAUACCGUCUUUGGAGAGUUUCCUCCAAACGGCGUAGGACUCUCUGAUUGGCUUCGGCAAAGCUGGGUUGCAGGUACAAUUUAUCCAACGAGCCCGACUCACAGAUACAGCCCACCUCUACGUUGGACCGCACAUGCGGUGGCAAGAUCCGCUUGGUCCCAGACACCAAUUGCAGUGCAAAGACCCCCGUGUGAAAAUGUUUGAAUUUUUGCAGCUUGGCGGGGUGUGCCAGCAUAAUGUGCCAGAUCGACCGAUACAUGCCAACAUUCAUGCCCUGGUUCCGAUCGACAGAAACGCAUUCGGCCAUGACAAUGUGCCCCCUACGCAUCGCUUCGAAAUCCGGUGUGACUGCCUGAAGCAAGUAGUAGACUUCUCGCAGCUUUAGUUCCUUUCCUUCUGCCAGGGCUUUUAAACAUUUGGUGGUGGGCUGUUUGGAGAAAUCCAAGACAAUGACGUAGUUUCCCUCUUGGUGGCUGAAACUAAAGGACAGAAAAUGGCCAGGAAAGCGGUCAAAGGCUUGAUGGACUGUCCGUUUGCUGCACUCAAAGCUGUCCACGACAUUGUAUUCUUGUCGAAUCUCUUGUAAGUGAUGGGCUCUUUGCAGCGUAGAUUCCAAAUCUCCAGGCUCUUCCGUCAGUGCCAGCUGAGCACAGCAAAAAUCAUUCAAGUUAUCCAAUUCCGGAUUGGCUUCAAUAGCUUGUUUGAUUUCCAAGGCCCAUGUCCGCUCCUCUUCUGACAGUCUCAUUCGACCAGGAUCAUACGGGCCUAAAGGUCUUGGUGGAGCAGCCUCUUGGGGUCUGGUUGCUCGCUCACCCUCCAUUUCUUCUUCUCGUUCGUCCCAGGCUGCUGGCUGUCUCGCAUAGUCCACUUCGUCCAUGAUAGUAUCUAUUUCAGGUCUAUAGAGGAAGGCAAGCUGUAGAAGGAGGAGGUGCUUGAAUAAUGGGGAUUAUCGUAAUGGUAAUGGAAAGCUAUUGUGAGAAGGAC